AUGGACCUACAAGAUGUGGGAGAUCCGAGCAGUUCGGACUCCCUGAGCACUUUGAGUGCCAGUUCCAUCGUAAAAUUGGGAGCCACACUGAAUCAAGGAGAAGACAUUCCACCAGCCAAUUCUCCAGCCACUUCAAUUUCGUCCUUGGUUAGCGACCAGUCUGAGGCUUUUCGCAAUUCUCCAUUCAUGGCACAAUCUCCACUGAGCUCUUCGCUCUUCCAGCGACCGGAUUUUCUUUCCGGUGACCCUGAUCGUCCAUCAUCUCAUCCUUCGAUGGCUUCUUUCUCCACAAAUGUGGCGGAUUCUGAAUGCUCAAGCAGAAGCAGUAUGGAUGGAUACAAUCUUAAAGAUUGUACAUCAGAAAAAAUAAAAGCCUUCAGAGCCCAGCGGAAAGCGCCAUCCAGUGGAUCUUCUAGUGAAGAUGAUUGUGAAGAUAAUAGUUCUAAUCAAGGAGAACUGGAAAGAAAAAUGAGCUCAAAGAGUUUGGAGGAGAAAUUUGUGCCACGUGGAAUCGAUGCUCCCCGUGGAAGAAUCGCCAACAUCCGACGAGAAAGUAGCUGCUCGGUAGACAACGAAGCUGCUCAUGAGCGCCUCGUCAAAGCAUCGAACAUUGUGUCGAAUGGGUUCGACGAAAUGGGAAUAGAACAGGAGCGAUCUCCAGUACAAUCUUCUGACUAUCGCAGAAGAGCACCAUCGUUCAACACAAUUCUAGGAGAACCAAUUAGCGUAGUGACCAGUGCUUUCAUUACCAACAGCUGCUCACCGAGUCCAAAUCGUCAGCAAGCUGAGAUUAUCAAACAAUGCUACUCUCCUUCUACACAACAAAUGGUUCGACCAAAUAUUUCGUACAGUCCGAGUCCGAGACCAAGUCCGGCGCAAAGUCCAACAAGACACAGUCAUCAGAAAAUGAAAUUUCAUAGAGCGGAAUCUCCAAUUUGUCGUACACCCAAAAAAAGAAAGAUGACUAUCGAGAGUCCCAGUGAGUCAGAUAUCAAACGAUGCUUAACAAUGCGAAGCAACACGUCACCAUUGGUCACUGAUAAGACAUUCCCGUAUCCAACAUUCUCCCAACUAUUUGAAGCGAGCUCGACAUCGACCGAGUUCAAUUCCUUUUCAGUCCCCCACAGUCCCGGACCUCUUCGUUCCACUACCCCGUUGAGCUGUAUUUCCAAUAGUGACAUCGAGGACAGCUCUGUCAAGGAUGCCGAAGAGAAAAUUCCUAUUGAUGACGAGGAGAAUGAGAUGGAAUUGAAUGGUGACUCGUUGGGCGAUGAUGAAAAAACCAUUAACAAUGCGUUGCUCCAAGCAGCCGUCAAUGCUGAACUCCCCGAUGACAAUGAUGACUUUUUCGAUAACUGA